AUGGCGUCCCCGGGCGGUGGCUCCCUGGGCCUCUUGCUCUGGCUUCUGCUCUUCCAACCGCGUCUCCAUGGGGCGCAGGGCGGAUGGGCGCGGUCCCCACCCUCCUCCCCCUCCCCCUCCCCCUCCCCCUCGGGGGGCGGCCUCGAGGACCCCCGCGAGAGCGUGUCGAGGGGUGCGGGAUCUUCUGUGACCCCGGAGCCCCAAGAGGCCGCCGCAUCCCCCCAGGUGGCGACGGUCACCCCAGCUGACUCUGGUAUCUACAGGGCUGUGGCCCUUCCACAGCCAGUAACAGCAGUGCCGCAGUUUCCUGCAGGCUGCGGCCACAGGUCUAUGAGGAUAGUCGGAGGAAUACCGGCCCCGGAGAGGAAGUGGCCCUGGCAGGUGAGCCUUCAGAUCCAGGACAGACACGUGUGCGGAGGCUCCCUCAUCGCCAGCCGGUGGGUGCUGACCGCAGCCCACUGUGUAUUUGGCCAUUUGGAGUACACCGUGAAGAUGGGAGACAUCCACGUGAAGCACACGUCCAGCAUGGCGGUCGUGGUGCCCGUCCGGGACAUCGUUAUUCACAAACAUUACAGUUCGGUUGGAAUCAUUGAGAACGACAUUGCUCUCGCCCUGCUGGAGUUCCCUGUGAAUUUUUCCUCGCACAUCCAGCCCGUGUGCCUCCCUAAAAAGGCGUUCAUGGUGCAAGCUGGGAUGGAGUGCUGGGUGACUGGAUGGGGAAAACUAAAGGAAAGAGAUGCACCGGAAGAUGCUCCAGAACAACUUCAGGAGGCCAAGCUGACCAUUAUACGUUUCGAGGAGUGCAAUAGGGUGCUCCAGGAACAGAUGGAGACCAGGAAUCCCCUGGUGAAAAAAGGGGCCGUCUGUGGUUACAGUCCCCGAGGAAAGGAUGCCUGCCAGGGAGACUCUGGGGGCCCCCUGGUCUGUGAAUUUAAUGACACGUGGGUCCAGGUGGGGAUUGUGAGCUGGGGCAUUGGCUGUGGUCGCAGAAAUUAUCCUGGAAUUUAUACAGAAGUUAGUUUCUACAAGAACUGGGUCAUUGAUCACCUGAGUCAGGCCUGCGCUUGGGACUCAGCAGGCUUCUUCAUACUUCUGUGCCUGGUGCCGCCCCUCGGUGUCCUGGCGGCCCCGUGAUCACCCCGGCCCACUCCCCUCCUGUUUCUGACUCACACACCAGGCCUCUCCUCCGACCUCCCCCUCCUCCUCAUUGCCCCUUCUGUCAAUGCUGGUUGGGACCCACCGACCCUGUAGAGAGCCACCCAGUAGAGAGUGGCAGUAGCCCGGAGCCACGAAGUGUCCCAGCCUGAUGCCCCAGUCGCCUGCCCUGGCCACACCCAGGCCUUGGCUGUGCUCUGCCUGCCAGGAAGGAGAGGGUGAGGGCAUCCCAGCCCGAGAGCCAGCCGUCCUGCCAGGUGGAGCCCAGGGCUUCCCUGACAUCUUGGAGAGCCUCUACCAAGGAGGAGAGCUCCUGAGCAGCGAGACAGCAUUCGACCUGGGUGUCUGGGUGUGGCCUCAGGGUGUCUCCUGAGAGUCAGCGUGGUGGUUGUGCAGAGAGAGGGAGGAGGCGUCACCACGGCCCUGCUGAGGUCUGAGGCCUGGGGGUUCCACACGUGACCCGGGUGUCUGGGGCUGGGCCAAGUUCCCGCUACCCAGUGUGGAUCCACCUGUGUGUGACCAGCCUGUGCCACACAGGCCCUGCUGGGGCCGCCCCAUGAUGGGGCCCCCUUCCCCCAGUACCCAGGGACCACAUCCCGGCUCACCCCAAGUCUUGUGGAGGCAUUGAGUGUGGAGAUCUUAGAUGUCAACUGAAUAAACAUUUGGAGCGUGUCCUUCUUUGUUCUAA